CCGGUGCCUGUAAAAUGAACAGAUGAAAUCGUUGCCCUUUUGAUACUUUUCUCCCCGCAGAAGUGCGUUCUCGGAGCGAAGUCAUGAUGUAUUCUCCCAUCUGUCUCACUCAGGAUGAAUUUCACCCAUUCAUUGAGGCCCUUCUUCCACAUGUCCGUGCAAUCGCCUACACUUGGUUCAACCUUCAGGCUCGAAAACGCAAGUACUUUAAAAAACAUGAAAAGCGAAUGUCAAAGGAUGAGGAAAGAGCAGUCAAAGAUGAGCUACUUAGUGAAAAGCCUGAAAUUAAACAGAAGUGGGCAUCCAGGCUUCUCGCCAAGCUGCGCAAAGAUAUCCGCCAAGAGUAUCGGGAGGAUUUUGUGCUCACUGUUACUGGGAAGAAGCACCCAUGCUGUGUUUUGUCCAAUCCUGACCAGAAGGGUAAGAUUAGGAGGAUCGACUGCCUGCGACAGGCGGACAAAGUCUGGCGUCUGGAUCUAGUCAUGGUGAUCCUUUUCAAAGGUAUCCCGUUGGAAAGUACAGAUGGAGAACGGCUCAUGAAAUCCCCCCAUUGCACAAAUCCAGCACUUUGCGUCCAGCCCCACCACAUAACAGUAUCAGUCAAGGAGCUUGAUUUGUUUCUGGCAUACUACGUGCAGGAUCAAGAUUCUGGACAAUCAGGAAGUCCAAGCCACAACGAUCCUGCCAAGAAUCCACCAGUGUAUCUUGAGGAUAGUUUUGUAAAAUCUGGAGUCUUCAAUGUGUCAGAACUGGUGCGGGUAUCCAGAACGCCUAUAACCCAGGGAGCAGGAGUGAACUUCCCAAUUGGAGAACUUCAGAGCCAACCAUAUUAUCAUGACAUGAACUCGAGUGUAAACCUACAGAGAUCACUCUCCUCUCCACCAACCAGUAAGAGACCCAAAACAAUAUCCAUAGAUGAGAAUAUGGAACCAAGCCCGACAGGGGACUUUUAUCCUUCCCCAAAUUCACCAGCUGCUGGAAGUAGGACAUGGCAUGAAAGAGAUCAAGUUACCUCAUCGUAUUCAUUUUCCUACGGUUCUCCUGCAUUCAUCACCAACCAACAGUUAGAACCACAGUUUAUCAUUAAAACUGAAGCACUUGGAUCCCCUUCACCUGUUCUUCCUCUACCACCUGCUCCACCUUGUGAUGAGGAACGAGUAUCUUCUGCUGGAUUUCCCUCAUCUGGACCUUUGCCAUCUUUUGCUAUCUCCCCAACUUCUGGACUUGCUUUUCCUGGAAUUCCUUUAAUUACAGAUAUGUCUUCUCCUACAAUGAAGAAGCCUGAAAAGCCUUUGUUUAGCACUACAUCUCCCCAGGAUUCUUCACCAAGAUUGACCACUUUCCAGCAUCACCAUCCGGGAAUUCCAGGAGUUGCACACAGUGUCAUCUCAACUAGACCUCCGCCUUCACCCUCACCAUUGCCAUUUCCACCACAAGCUAUUCUCCCUCCUGCCCCAUCUAGCUACUUCUCUCAUCCAACAAUCAGAUAUCCUCCUCACCUGAAUCCUCAGGAUACUCUGAAGAAUUAUUCUUAUGACCCGUCCAGUCCACAAACCAGCCAGCCUAACAGCAGUGGUCAAGUAGUAGGGAAAAUGCCUGGCCAUUUUACUCCCGUUUUGGCACCCUCUCCCCAUCACAGUAUGGUGCGGCCUGUGACCCUGACCAUGACAGACACUAAACCCAUCACUACUUCCACUGAAGGUGAGGCAUCUUCACCUACAGCAAGCACCUACACAGCCUCAGGCACAUCACAAGCCAAUCGAUAUGUGGGACUAAGUCCAAGAGACUCUUCCUUCCUACACCAGCAACAGCUGAGGAUUUGUGACUGGACCAUGAAUCAAAACGGCAGGCAUUUAUACCCCAGUGCCAAUGAGGAUACAUUGGGAAUUACUUGGCAAAGUCCUGGUACCUGGGCUAGCUUGGUCCCCUUUCAAGUAUCAAACAGGACACCAAUUCUGUCCACAAAUGUCCAAAAUUACGGUUUGAACCUAAUUGGAGAGCCUUUCCUUCAAGCAGAAACAAGCAACUGAGGGAGAUUGAAACUGAACAAAAUACUAUAAAAGAAAGAAGAUGGGACAAAACAAUAUAUGAACCUGAAGAAAGAAGAAACAUAGACCAGCAAUUGCAGCACUUACAAUCACUAAUUCCCUUAAGAAUGAAACUGUAAUGGCAUAAAAAUGGGUCGACGAUAUUUCACUGAUGAGUAAAAAGAUGCUCCUCCUACGUAGCCUUUGUUCUAUGAAGUCCACUGGGAAAUAGAUGUUCUGUCUCUGACAAUAUAUUUUAACUGACUUUCUAGAUGCCUUAAUAUUUGCAUGAUAAGCUAGUUUAUUGGUUUAGUAUUCUUGUUGUUUACGCAUGGGAUCACUAUUCCUAGUUAGCUCUCAAAACAAAGGCUAGGAGGCAGCAGCAGAGCUGCAGGAGAAUAAGGGCUGUGAGCCAACUUUUCUCAGCAGCCUGAUUUCUGAUUUUUUUUAAAAGGAAAAAAAUAGCCUUUAGUUAUCAAUCAAAAUUUAUUUAACUUUGGCCCUUAACCCAGCCUUUUCCUAGUGUGCUACCCAGUUUGAAAUUUUCAGGACAUCAUUUAAAUAGACAGGCAUUAUAUAGAAUCAAUACCUCCCUCGAGGUUUUGAAAAAAGUGUUAACUUCUCAUAUAGUAAAAACAAAACGAGAAAUACACUAAAAAAAUUCCCCACUAAGGAAAACACUUAGAGGCAAGUGCAAUUUAAAAAUUAUAUCUAAGGGGAUCAUUGUUAUAAGUCCUUCAGCCCUUGGACUCUAAAUUGAGGGAAUUAAAAAAAAAACAAGAAGAAUUUCAAAAAUAUUUGGAGCAAAUUUAUUUCCCUCUCAGUUUUGAAGGGAGGGUAUUAAAAGGCAUUAAUUAAAUCAAGACAAAUUAUGUACUUGAGAAGAAGAAAUGAAUUGAAACAGAGCACUUAUGCUGAUUUAGCUUCUGACUCCUUUGAGGUAUUUUAUUUAUUUAAAGUUACUGGUCAGAUCAAGAACCCACAUAGGACAUGAAAGGUUCUAUAAAACCUACAUCACAGAGACAGAGAGAGGUAGAUCCAUGUCACAAGGGCAAAGCUUAUGGCUUUGUGGGGGGGGGGUAAAAUAUUUUUU